CGAAUUGAUUAUCAGAGCGCAAUCAGACAGUGAGGAUCGGUCUAAAGUUCAUCGACAUGAAAUGCAGGCAGAUUGAAAGACACGACAGAGGUUCAAGGCGAGGGGUACAGGAGCUGAGGAUCGUUGGAGCUGAGGAUCGCUGGCAAACAAGACAGUAAAGACACUUUUAUCCUUCUGAGACGUCUGCCCACAGCAGUGCUGUUUGAGAGAAGAUGGACAUCCUUGAGACUCACGCCUAUCACAGGCGGCAGAGGAGAAAUAAGUCCUGUGCUCUCUUUCUGUCUCUCUUGCCUUUCUUUUUGUCUGCAGCUCUGUACUUCUACCUUUGGACUCCUGCUUCGCCCCCGUCCAUCAUGUCUGCAGGUGUCAAAUCUGCACCAGUACUCCUAUUGGCUGCAGUGGUGCUGAGCUGGAAUGGAGGUCAGAGUGUCCUAGGUGUGGUGGGAGGACUGGUCUUCUCUGCUGUUGGUGACUGCUGCCUGGUGUGGCCUGAGCUUUUCCUGCAUGGAAUGGGUGCAUUUGCUGUGGCUCAUCUGUUGUACUCAGUUUCCUUCCUGUCCAGUCGUUACACAAAAAACUCCUCUUCCUGCUGGAGCCGUUUUCUCUAUCUGAUCCUGUUUAUGGUUGGAGGAGGUUAUUACACAUUUUUAUUUCCAUUUCUACAAAAGGACCCAAACUCUGAAGUGCUAACUCCAGCUGUUGGAGUCUACUUUGUCUUAAUUACUCUAAUGGGUCUAUUAGCAGCUAGAACUAGCAACGUAGCAACACUUUUGGGAAGUCUGAGCUUCAUGGUAUCCGACGCAACGCUGUCUCUGCAAGUUUUUAAGGUGGUGGCACCAAUGCAGCACGGUAAUACUGUUGUAAUGGUGACCUAUUAUCUGGCACAGCUUCUAAUCGCUGUGGGUGACAUGCAAGCAGUAGAGGACACGGAUGAGUUUUCAAAAUGGAAGAGGUCCUAACCAGUAUCCCUGUUGUACUCCAAAAGCUUGUACUACAUUAGCUCUCCAUUUCCAUAAAUAUUUGUUGUAAGUGGUUAAAAAAAAAGAAGAAAGAAACAAAGAAAAGGAAAUACAUUCAAUUUGCAAUGUUCUAAAAAUGAAAGA